UGUUGAUGAUUAAUUCAGAAAGGUUAAUGGCAAAAUAUUGCUAGCUAGAAAGAGGGUUGACCCAUGUGAACCUGAACUGAGGAUAGCUGUGAGCUGAUUGGCUGGCUAGCACUACUAUGGCAUCAUAACUGAAGUGAUAACACAUCAUGUUGUGAUUAUUUGUAAAAUAUCCCUGCAUCAUUUGGUCAAAUAAACUCACAUCGCUACACAGCAAACUACUUUGUGUGCAUGCACGUAUAUUUAUAGCUUAACCUCGAUCCAUUUUUAUCUUUGGGAAUUUUUAAAUUACGCAGCCUUUAUUUUUGGCUAAAUGGCACCAGGUGUUGAAAUGGAAGGGGACCUCCCUUCAGGGGACUCACUCCCUGUUAACCCCAGGAAUUCAGUAAAUACAGCAGGUUCUGCUUCAGAAAGUCACCUUGAACAACGGCGAAGCACGCUGAAACUUAAACCUUCAUUAGAUAAUGUUACCUGUGCAAAAUCCAUUGGAGAUUCAAAGAUGAACUUCGGGAAAAUGCAAGAGUUUGCUUCAGCAAAUACAGCAAGAUAUAAAACCACUCCUACAAAAGCUAUUCACGCACUUCCAACACUGAAUGGCUCUGUCAAAACUAAUACAAAUGCAGAUCUGGAGAAUGCUACCAUUCAGAAACAACGUAAUGAGUUACAGCUGCUUGUGGCAGAACUGAAAGAUCGGGAUAAGGAGUUAAAUGAGAUGGUGGCUGCUCAUCAGAAGCAGCUCCUGGCGUGGGAGGAGGAUCGUCUGCGUAUACUCAGCCUAGAGGAGAGAUGCGCCAAAGUGGAGUAUGAACUGCGAAACAGGAAUGAGAUGAUCAGAAAUUUAAAUACACAACAAAAGAUUUUGGAAUCUCAACAAGCUGAUUGCAUAAAAACACUCAACUGUACCCAACAAAAGCUGAAGGAAAUGUCUGAAAAAGCAGCAGAGUAUGUCAAAAACUGUAAAGAGUUGGAGGACAGGAACAAAAGUCUGAACUCCUCUGUGAUGGAGCUGUCUGCCCAGGUGGGGCAGUUACAGGCACGGGAACAGGAGCUCACCACAAUGCUAGAAUUAAAGGACAAAGACAUGGUUGAAGCUAGCAAUCACAUCAUGGACCUUACAGCUAGAUUUAAAACCUUGGAGGGUGCAUUACGAGAAGCCAGGCUAAAUGAGACAAAUUCAAGGAAAGAGGUUCACGAUUGCAAGCAGCAUUCAAAGAGAUUACGCCAUGAAAUCUGCAAACUUAAGGAUGAGUUGGAUGAAAAGACAGUAGAAAAUAAUGAGCAAAGGGAAGAAAUUAUUCGCCUUAAACAAGAAAGACAGUAUCUGGGAAAUGAGCUCACUUUAGCUGUUGAACGGGAGAAGAGGAAAGAUCAGAUCCUGGAACUGGCAAGAUCUAAACAGGAGAGAGCUGAUACUGAACUGCAUGGUCUUCGGCAGGUAAAUGAAAAGCAACAACAUGACUUGCAGCUCCUUCAUUUGAAUCUUGAAAGUUCUCAGGAUUUGAUUCAAAGGCAGGAAGAGAAAAUUCUUGAAAUUAGUUCUGGUAGAUUUUUCUCACAGAACAACAAUGGACAGAAUAAGGUAAAGGGGCAAGAACAUCAGGACAACAUAGUUUUAAAAGAAUGGACAAAGGAGUCGACCAAAGAUUUUAAAGCAGAAUCCAUACCCAAUAGACACAUAGAAGCAGAAGCCAAGUCAACUCAGAAUCUUGACGCUGAAUUUAUUCCAAUUGGUACUAAAGAACAGGGCCAUUUAUCGGUCACAGAAGAUCGCAAUACUCUCAACUGUAGAAAUUAUAGCUCAUCAGAUUUUGCAAAUGGUGAUUGUGCAAGUGGUCAAGUUGCCUUUCCUCUUGAGUUUGAUCAGUGUACAAACGCAAAUCUGAAAGGGAAGACCAAGAGUCUUCACUUUAACACCAACGAGCCUAAUAAGCAUCCUACGAAAUACGUUGAGCCAAAGCAAGACUGCAGAUAUACAAAAGCAAGUGAUUGUGGCUCACCUCAGGGAAGAGAAAGCGGCAUGCAACAAGUGUCACGGAAGCAAAAGUGGAGAUUUGAAGGACUUGUGGAUGGCAGCACGAUGGAACAUGAGAAUGUAGCAUAUAUGAAUACCGAUCACCGCAGUCCCAGCUGCGGCACCUCUUCCCAUUGCAAAGCCAGCACAGUCAGCACAUCAACGGACAAUCAUCACUCUCUUUGUUCAAAGCUAAGUGCAACCUCUGUUGCAUCAACAAAAGAAUCGGGAAAGGCUUCUGAGAAUCAUAACCUGGAAGACAAAUAUAGUAAUGAAAUGAUUGAAUGUGGAAUAAAUGAAGAAAUGCCUCUGUUGCCUGCAGAGAAUGAAACUGACCAGGAGGCUUCAAUGUCAGAACAAAAUUGGAUGAAGCUCUAUGAGCGGGCUGUUGAUGUGAAAGAUAUGUGGUGGCUGUAUCUCAACGAUGGCUCAGGAUCCUCGUGUGGGUUAGGUACUCCUAUUGGUGUGGAAAAAAAAAGUGACGAAAGGCUGGAAGUGAAUGCAUAUGGCUUGGAGUCGCCACUACAUUCCAAGAAUUCUACACCAGUGAAAGAAAUGCCCAGGAGAAAGAGCAGCCUCCAUGAUGAGCUUUGUGUAAAUGACUCACCAGCAAGACUGAGCUCCACUGAGGACAAUACAAUGAAGUCUUCUAACAGUGCUUACCGAGAUGACUGUUCACCAACUAGUAAACUGCAACGCCUGCUAGCUGAAUCUCGACAGAUGGUUGCUAGUCUGGACCGCAACGCUCAGCUUCCUCUCGGGUUGUCAUCCUGUCCCACCAACAACAGCAAGGCGAGGGAUGGUGGUUCACUCUAAAGUAAGAAAAUACCAUUCAGUGAAUGUUACUCCUGCUUGAUGAGGUAUAAUGACAGGAAAUUUUCAAAGCGGAGUAAAUGGUUCUUGACUGCAAAGGAAAUUCAAGCUGAAUUACAAUUACACAAUAUUUACCAAUGGACCAGGUACUGAUUUGUUUUAGAGGAUGCAGAUAUGAAAAUUGGAAAAAAAAAUAAAUGGAAGCAAUUGUUCUUGCAGAAUGACUGAAAUAGUAUUUCAAAUUACACGCUUCAUUUUCAUGUGUACAUCACAUUUUCAUGUGUAUAUUUGGUCAAGUUAACUAUAGCAUUUCUACUGAAAGUAUAUGUGAAAAUUAUGUUCAGCAUGGUGCUUUGAGUGAAAUCUCAAUUUCUACAAAGAGAAGAGUAAAUUAUUACUUCUACAAAUUGUUGUUUGAUACUAAAUCAAAAUCCUUCAAACCAUUUGUGGCAAAUGCAUUCAGACCUGAACAAAAGUAACCAGAUUCUCAAUGUAUAGAUUUAAAAAUUCCCAAUCCUGCUAAUUUUUUAAUAAGUAUAAAGACCGAGGUACAUUGGCUUGAUUAAAUCAUAACGCUCAGGGAUUGUGGUAUAACAGUUCCAACACUCCACACUAUUUAGUGUCAUAAAUGGGAGAGGAGAAGCAUUGAAGAGUUUUCUUUCACCACAGCAUAAAUAAGCCAGCUAGUUUCAGUAUGUGGGCAUUCUCUUUCAAGAUGCUGAGCUUCAGUCAUAGGUAUGAAAUGCAAGUGGUAGCGACAGAUAAUAAAACUCCAGUGAACCACGAACAUGAAGAGGAAUCUCCUAUUCUUUUGCAUUUGCAAUGAAUUUCAUUGCAGGUAAAUAUUUCAGGAAGUGGAUGGUUGAUGUGAAAUAGUGUCAAAUGUUCCUGAUCUACUUGGCCUUUUUCACUUUGAAUGCUUCUGGACUGGAUAGAAUAAUAAUAUUUUAGAGGUUUAGAAGUUUUGGUAGCAUUUGUUUAAAAAACCUUGUUCUAAUUCCACAUUUUGUAUAGUUGUAAUAUAAGCCCAGUGAAUUUGAGUUUCUCAAUCAUUUUCUGACAGUUCUGAACAUUUUCUGAUGCACAGUGAAAGAACUUCAGACAAGGAAUCUAAUAUAGGAAGGCAGAAAUUUAAAGUAACAAUUCAUUAUAGAGAAUUUCUGAAGUACAUUUGAUCUGUCAAGUAUUUAUUGUAAGUUUAUCAUUAGACCAUCAAGUAGCAUUCAGUCUCUAGAAUAAUUAUAGUUCUCUCCAUGUUUUGUAUGUACUGUAAGCAAAUUGUAAUUUAUAUUGAAGUAUGUUUGCUUUUAUAGAAGAUAUCAGAACCUAAGCAGGCAAAUAACCCUGAAGGUUGUUCUGAAAUUCAAAUACAUCUCUGGCAACCUUUCAUCUAAACUCCACUCCCACAUAUUUAUUCCUUCCCCUACAUUCCAAAAGUUCACAGAUCUUGGUCCUGAAUCUACUCAACAAAUAAAAACCAUGAUUAUCUGGUAGUGAAUUACAAAUAAUUCAGAACCCUUUGUAAAGAAAUUUGUCAAAUUUAAACAGGCAACCCUUAUCCGGAGCCCAUGACUCCUUGUUAUAGACUUUCCAGCCAAGGAAAGCAAACAGAAUAAGCGCCCUGAGGCCCGCUCCCAAGCAGUGAACUUCCCAUGAAAAGUUGAUCAAUCUUUUGGGCAAAUGAAAGGAAAAAGCCGCAAAGUACAAUCUGAAUUCUCUGGUCACUUCCAAUUCACACUUUGACUUCAAGUAUGACUAUGACUAUGAGUUUAGUAUGAGUGCUAUGUAGUGAUCAGCAGUGAUUUUGCUGUAGCAGAGAAGGCAAUUAUUGGCCUGGUAGAGAUCAGCAUGUGUAGGGAUUUAAAGGAUUCUUUCAUCUCGGUAGAUUGGUAGAACACUGAAUUAAUUCUACUAUAAAAAAAAAUCAUGCAGGAAGGAUAUUCUGUCAAAUUAUUUUUUAUUCAAAUAUGAGCCUUUAAAUAUUGACCUGAAAAUAUUGAACUAUUUUAAUUUUUUUAAAGUUAAUUGUAUAAGUUGUAUUUUUUUUAUAAUUUGGUGGUCCCUCUAUUGUCUAACUAAUAUAUUCCUCAUUCAUCUUGCAUAUACCUAUUUACUAUCAUUAAUGAUUAAUAUAAAUCUUGUCCCUUUCAACUUUUUUCAAAUUUGAGUUUUCUUUAUAUUAGCAGUGUGUAUGCACCAUUUUAUUUAAAUAUCCUGCCAUGUUACUAGAAAAUAUAUUAAGUUUACAUUUUUAAGCAAACCAGUAUUUCUAGAAAUGGAGUACUCAAUUAGAGUUUAUAACAUCAACUAGAAUGAGGACACUAUCUCCACUGUAUAGGGAAGUGUCACAGAUUCUGCUAGAAUGCUAGUGUGUGUGAAAUGGCAGAGCAGUCACCACAUGAGAGAGAAGUAAACUGGAAGGAAAGUUGCCAAAUGAUCCCUUAGGGAAUUGAGCCUCUUCUUGGGUUAACAUUACCAAUACUGGUAAAGGUUAAUUUUCACCAGCCUUUCCUUCCCAAUUGAAGGAUGUCAUUGGAAAACAGAACAUUUGAGCAACAAUGCAUAUAUUUAUCAUGAAGGUAUUUUAUUGCACGGGACAACAAAAUAAUAUUUAUCGUUCAGUAUUUAAUUAAAUUCUACAUCUAUGUCAUUUUGUAUCUUUUUUGUCUUUUUUGGAUAUAUUCCAUUUUAUAUUCCAAUGCAUUUAUAGUUUAACUAAGGCGGUCAAAGUACUUAUUUGCACAUUUAUAAUAGUUCUACCAAUCGAAUUAACUUUUUUUUAACUUAAGAGUUUCCGAGAACUCUGCAAACUGACUUUGUAGCAAUGUAAUUGCAAGUUUUGUAC